AUGAAAUACUUCUCCGAUUAUAAAACCAAGCGCCUCGCGAUGGGCACGGCGAAAAACGAACUUACUGGGUGUACCAUGCUUACAGUGGUGUCAACCCGAGCAGUCUACAUGGGGCAUUUCUACGAAAAUUUAGGAUUUGUCAACUACGACUACCCCAGAAACGAUCCGGAGCCAGCCGACUUCACGCAAAACGUGGAGAAUCUCAUCCGAGGACACAAGCCGCUUUUCCGGGCUAAAGGUGAUGCACUUGACGUGGCAGCCUUUACUGGGGACGGGGAGCAAUGCUUUGCGGCGCUGAUGGUACCGCGUUACAACACAGGAACCCAAGCAGCAUAUUAUCCUGAUCUGAACCAAAGGCUUGUGAAUCUCAUACUGGAAUUAAUCCCUGGUUGCCGCGCUGUUAUUUACGAAUAUUGGGCACGGCCAAAGCCAAGACCUGGACAUGCACUUGCGCUCUUCGAGUAUGAGUCUAAUGCCGACGGAAAAGGAAAUGCUGAUUGGCGUUUGUGGUAUGAGAAUGUUUACGAGCAAGCGAGCAAGUUGGGUAUGCAAGUGAUACCUUGA